ACGCCUGCUGCUUGGGAACACCCACAACAUGGGUCAUCGCGGAAAUAUCUUUUUUUCACUUCUCUAGGCUCGUGACAUUCGAGAAAUGACGAUUGUGGCAGGGAAGAUUGUAGUCAUCACAGGUGCCUCAAGAGGCAUUGGCUCCGGCUGUGCUCGGGAAUUCGCAAAAUACGGAGCCGCUGGACUAUUGUUGCAUUACUACGGCGACUCAGUCACGACAGUGGAAAUACAAUCUUUGAAAGCAGAGAUUGAAUCCAGUACUGGAAGCGGCUGCAAGGUCGUGACUAUACCUGGUGAUAUUGGAGAUCCUGCGACGGCGACCAAAAUCACUACUGCAGCCGUAGAAGAAUUUGGUCGAAUCGACGUGUUGGUAUCGAAUGCUGGAAUAUGCCCCUUCGCUGAAUUCUUGACCAUGCCCCAUGCUACAUGGGAACGGACGAGACAAGUCAAUCUAGACGGUUCUUUCUACGUUGUUCAAGCCGUGGCUAAUCAGAUGAAAGUUCAAUCACCCCAAGGGGGCUCCAUCAUUGGAGUGUCGUCCAUCUCCGCCCUCGUCGGUGGAGGAAUGCAAUGUCACUAUACGCCAACUAAAGCCGGGAUCUUAUCGUUGAUGCAGAGUUGCGCGGUCGCACUAGGCCAAUACGGUAUCCGUGCCAAUGCUGUUCUACCAGGAACAAUUGAAACAGACAUCAACAAGGAAGACCUGACCGAUCCUGUAAAGAGGGAAAACAUGGUCAAAAGAACCGCACUGGGUAGGCUUGGUGCUCCUGAAGACAUUGCAGGUCCUGUAGUAUUCCUCGCGAGCGACCUGGCAAAAUAUGUCACAGGAAGUUCAUUACUCGUUGAUGGAGGUCUCUUUGUGAAUUUACAGUAAAGUGUUAUGGCAAUUAUCAACGGUAUGCUGGUUCCAAUGGUUUACCCUGUAUGACUGUGGGUUCUGCGGUUAUCAGGAUGUUAGUGAAACGACAC